UUCACACUUUCAAAAAAAAAAAUAUGGGUUCACUUUCAUGGUUCUUUAUUCUUUUUGCUCUUUCUAUUCUAACUUCAAAUUUUGUUUCAUCCUCUGCAGUUCAAGACCCUGAACUAGUUGUACAAGAUGUGCAAAGGAGCAUCAAUGCCUCUAGGAGAAACUUGGGCUAUUUAUCAUGUGGAACAGGCAACCCAAUUGAUGAUUGUUGGAGAUGUGACCCAAAUUGGCAAAACAACAGACAAAGGCUAGCAGAUUGUGCAAUAGGAUUUGGCAAAGACGCAAUCGGCGGAAAAAAUGGUAAAAUCUAUAUCGUCACAGAUUCAGGUGACGAUGAUCCAGUAAACCCUAAACCCGGAACUCUAAGAUACGCCACAAUCCAAGACGAACCAUUAUGGAUAAUUUUCCAAAGAGACAUGGUAAUCACAUUAAAACAAGAACUCUUAGUAAACUCAUACAAAACAAUUGAUGGAAGAGGUGCAAAUGUUCACAUAGCAAAUGGUGGAUGUGUGACAAUACAUUAUGUUAACCACGUUAUAAUACAUGGUAUUAAUGUUCAUGAUUGUAAGCCAUUAGGGAACACUAAUAUAAGGGAUUCACCAGAGCAUAGUGGCUUUUGGACAGUUUCUGAUGGUGAUGGAAUUUCUGUGUUUAAUUCACAACAUGUUUGGAUUGAUCAUUGUUCUUUGUCUAAUUGUCGUGAUGGACUUAUUGAUGUUAUUCAUGGAUCAACAGCUAUUACUAUUUCGAAUAAUUAUAUGACUCAUCAUGAUAAGGUUAUGCUUUUGGGACAUAGUGAUUCUUAUGUGCAAGAUAAGGAUAUGCAAGUUACUAUUGCUUUUAAUCAUUUUGGUGAAGGACUUGUCCAAAGAAUGCCAAGGUGUAGACAUGGUUAUUUCCAUGUGGUAAACAAUGAUUACACACAUUGGGAAAUGUAUGCAAUAGGAGGAAGUGCAAACCCUACAAUCAACAGCCAAGGAAACAGAUUUCUUGCACCAAACAACAGAUUUAGCAAAGAAGUUACAAAACAUGAAGAUGCUCCAGAAAGUGAAUACAAUAGUUGGAAUUGGAGAUCAGAAGGUGAUUUGUUCUUAAAUGGAGCAUUCUUUAGACAAACUGGUGCUGCUGCUUCUUCUUCUAUCUAUGCUAGGGCUUCAAGUCUUAGUGCUAGACCGGCUUCUCUUGUUGGUUCCAUUACUUCGACUUCGGGCGUGCUUAAUUGUAAGAAGGGCGCGCGUUGCUGAUUAUUCGCUACUAAAAAAAAUUGAAUUAACGAUAAAAAAAUUAGAGAUGGAAAAAUGAAAUUUUGUAUUUCAUUUUUUUAUUUUUGAUUUUUUAUUGUCAAUAAUUCAACUUUUUUAUAGCAUGCAAUUAAGAGUUUUAUAUAUCUGAUUAUUAAGCUAUUUACUUUUGGGUUAAGUUAACUACAACCUAUGCCUUUUUCUUUUCAUAUAUUGUGAUGAUUAAUUACAUUGACAAUGUUGGUUGUACAAUGGAAAGGAAAUGAAAUGAGAUGCAGUUAGUGUUGGUUAUAAAAAAUUAUG